UGUCGUGAGAUUAGAAAUGAUCGCUUACCAAGCUUAUUUUUUAUUUUCCAUACAAGUAUUGCCAUUGUUUAUUUUCGGGAGACGCAACUGGUCGUUAAAAGUGGAAAGAUGUUUCGAUAUUUCGCUCUGGAAUGGAUUUCAGCCCCGAAUAGCGUUACGCUGUUCACGGUAAUUUUUGUUUUGGCAACUGCCGUUUUAUUGGCUAUCAUUAAGCGGCUCAAUUUUAUUCUACGAGUGAAUCAAAUUCCUGGUGCAUUUUGCGGAUUCACCAUUUUUGGUAAUGCGCCUGUGUCACCCAUGUCUCCUGAAGAAAUAUUCAUUUUUGUCAUGGGCUACGUGCAUGUUAUGCGAUCAUGUGGUCCUGUUCUUCGUGUGUGGGCUGGACCCUUUCCAAAUUUCAUGCUGUUUACACCUGAGGCAUUUGAGACGGUGUUGAGCAGCAAGAAACUGAUUGACAAAGGUACUGAAUACGGGUUUCUUCAUCCUUGGUUGGGUACUGGACUACUCACAAGCACAGGUAGUAAAUGGUCAACCCGAAGAAAAAUGCUCACCCCGGCAUUUCAUUUUAAAAUUCUUGAAGAUUUUUUUCAUGUUUUUAACGAACAAAGUCAGGUAUUAAUUCAAAAACUCAGCGCAAUUUCCACAACGGAAAAGGAUGGCUUCGAUAUUUAUCCUUUUAUUUCACGUUGCACUCUUGAUAUCAUAUGUGAAACGGCAAUGGGCUGCAAAAUUGAAGCUCAAACUCGCAUCGACAGCGAAUACCUGCAAGCUGUUCUAUCGAUGUGCCGAAUUUUGAACGUUAGAACAAGUCAACCACUUAUGCGGUCCGAUAUAUUGUUCAAAUUAUCAUCACAUGGCGCACAACAACGAAGAAAUCUGAAGAUUUUACACGGAUUUACUGAUGGUGUAAUCCAAAAGAAGAAACUCGAACGAAAGCAACUUAAUCUUAACAAAGGACCUACUAGUCCUGGCGAGAACAACGAUUUUGUUCCUACAAAGAAACGCCUGGCUUUUCUUGAUCUUCUUGUAGAGGCUUCCAAAGACGGAGAGUUGUUAAGCGAUUCCGACAUUCGUGAGGAAGUUGACACUUUCAUGUUUGAAGGCCAUGAUACGUCAACAGCAGCCAUCAGCUGGUCGUUACAUCUUAUUGGAAGCCACCCACCUGUUAUGGAGCUGGUCAAUAAGGAACUUGAACGGGUUUUUGGAAACUCCAAUCGUCCAGUUACUAUGAACGAUUUAAAUGAAUUGAAAUAUCUUGAAUGUUGCAUCAAAGAGGCUCUGCGCUUGUUCCCAAGCGUCCCCAUAAUUGCACGUAAUCUAAGAGAGGACACAGUCAUACACGAUUACAUCUUACCUGCCAACACGACGGUGUUGCUUGUUACGUACUAUCUUCAUCGGGACCCCAAGUAUUAUCCUGAUCCGGAAUUAUUUCAACCUGAACGAUUCUUUGAAGAGAAUAGUCGAGGACGCCAUCCCUAUGUUUACGUUCCUUUUAGCGCAGGGCCACGGAAUUGUAUCGGUCAAAAAUUUGCCAUGAUGGAACAGAAAGUGAUCUUGGCCAACAUUUUCCGCAAUUUUCACUUGCAAGCCAAAGAUAAGAGAGAUGAAAUUAUCCUUUUGAAUGAAGUGGUGCUUCGUCCACGUGACGGAAUACGUGUUCAUCUAACACCCAGACUAAAAGAAUCUUUGUAAACAAAAAAAAUUAUAGCCAAGGUAACAAAUAAAUUGCCUGUAGGUUGUAGCAUCUGA